GCAGUGAUGCUCACUCUGGCGAGCAAACUGAAGCGGGAUGACGGGCUCAAAGGGCCCCACUCCUCAGCCCCCACCUCCGAUUCCACGCGGAGGGUGUCUGUGAGAGACAAGCUGCUCGUCAAAGAGGUGGCAGAGCUUGAAGCAAACUUACCUUGUACCUGCAAGGUGCACUUUCCUGAUCCCAACAAACUCCACUGCUUCCAGCUAACCGUGACCCCAGAUGAGGGUUACUACCAGGGUGGAAAAUUUCAGUUUGAAACUGAAGUUCCUGAUGCCUACAACAUGGUGCCCCCCAAGGUGAAGUGCUUGACCAGAAUCUGGCAUCCCAAUAUCACAGAGACUGGGGACAUCUGUCUGAGGCAAGUUCCAUCGCUCCCUUUCUCGUGGAAGGAAAGGAGGGGUCUGGCCCACCGUGUCCUCUUAGAGGAGUCUUGGAAAGCUCACCUGGCGGAUGUUGUUUGGGGAUUAAACUCCUUAUUUACUGAUCUUUUGAAUUUUGAUGAUCCACUGAAUAUUGAAGCUGCAGAACAUCAUUUGCGGGACAAGGAGGACUUCCGGAAUAAAGUGGAAGACUACAUGAAGCGGUACGCCAGGUGAUACAGGAGGCCUGCAGGGCCGGGAUUGUGCACUGCCCUCCGUCCCCAUCACAGUCCCUCUCUCCCACCGGGAUGGACCAGCCCCUGACACUCUGGUCUGAAGAACAGCUUCCACCUGCCGAGUUCGCUGGAGAACGCCAUGUAAAGUCAGCAAGGAAUGUGUCUUGGGCGCUAGAGAACUGUCUGCUUUCCUUCUUAGCGUGGGUCUGGUUUGAACCUGCACCGCACAGGCUGCUGGUGGGAUUCCUGCCAAGUUUCAAUGAACUCACAGUCUAGAGCUUGCUGACCCUCCCACAAACCGCCUGCUCCAGUGAUGCGAAUGAUGUGUACCUUGUGACCCGCAGAGAGUCAGCAGGAACCUGCUGCCCAGAUCUGCUUGGAUGCAAAGCCUCCUAGCCCCUCCCCCUCGUGUGCUGGGACCCUGCCCAGUGUUGCCAGGCUCCCCAGAAAUGCAGAGUCAUUUAUUGUCUACCUUCCUGAGAUGCAUUGGUUUGUUUUUUAUUUAAUGUAAGUAUAUUUUGGAACAGA